UAUAUAUAUACUGCAAAAACCCUACAUAUCAUUCCUCUCGAUCAGUGACCCUUUACAUCGGCGCUCGAGUAAUUCUUCUGUGCUCCAGAUCUCUCCCUGUUCAAGGCUUUCUACAACUGUUUAAUCUCUCUUCAAGAUGGUUUUGCCAAACGACGUUGAUUUGCUGAAUCCACCAGCUGAGCUUGAGAAGAGAAAGCACAAGCUCAAGCGUCUCGUUCAGUCCCCGAACUCGUUCUUCAUGGAUGUCAAAUGUCAGGGUUGCUUUAAUAUAACCACAGUGUUCAGCCACUCACAAACUGUGGUGGUGUGUGGGAACUGCCAGACCGUGCUGUGUCAGCCGACUGGGGGUCGUGCCCGGCUCACGGAGGGCUGCUCCUUCAGGAGAAAGGGUGAUUGAUACGUUUGUUUUGUGAUAUGUUAGGAGCUCGCAAUAUGGGGAACCCACUUUUCAGUCCAGAUAAUGCAAGUAUGUCAUUAUUUUAAUCACAUAUGUUCUCUUCUUUUGUGUCCUCUCUUCUUAUUCUGUCUUCACUCUAUUUCCUUCUCACUUCUCCUGUGUCAAGUUCUACAUCAGACGUUUACUGAAAAAUCAUAACCCCUAUGGGUCCUUGAUGUAACUAAAAUGAUAACAUGUUUUAUGAUAUAUGAGACAGUAGUGGGUUAAGCAGACGAGAGAAUUCUUGAUUUUGUUGUAACAAAAUUUUAACCUCUUGGCAUUUAGAUCCUCUGUUCUGGAUAUAUUGAGAUGCUGUUGUCCAAAGAGUUUUCCAUG